AUGGAUUGGAAUGAUGUUCCAGUUAAACAGAGCUUUAGGCAAAGGCUGAAGGAAAUCUUUGGUGAUUUGAAAUACCUGUGGUAUUCGUUUGAUGAUGCGGCUGGUGCCCAAGACCUUUUGCAAGGUAUUUUCACAGAGACGGAGUGGGCCGACUUUGGACAGUUGAGUGUUGAGGGACUGGUUGCAUGGCAUACCAAGUAUGGACCACAGGUCAAGAGGCAGCGUAUCCUUGACCGAGAAUUGAGUUUCGAGUUUUGUGCACAUCCCAAACGGGACACAGUAGGCACCAUACAAGAAACUUUUGAGCAGAUCAUGAAGGAGGAUCCCCGUUUUAUGUUGGAUACUAUGAAACGUUCCCAGCGUAGGUCUUCAACUGGGGAAGGACCGGAGACGAGAGCGGCCAAAGAACAACAAGAGAGAGACAGAUAUGCAUUAGAACUUGCAGGCAUUUUACAGGAGGCCGUUCUGCCGGUGAGUCUCCAGAUAGAGGCAUUGCAGGAUCCGAACAAGGCUUGGCUACGACUGUUUGGUGCAAGGCGGUCAAAGACCUUGAGAAACAGAUACAGGUCAUGGAACCGUUUUCGCACAUGGCUGGUAGCCUACUCAGGUAAGACCUGGCCGGGCGGCUUGGAUGUCUUGAUACACUACAUUGAGGAACAUAUACAAAAUGGGGUUACAUUCAGUUUCAUUUCAGAAUUUCAGGCUGCACUGGUUGUUUUAGAACAGGCUGGACGGAUUCCGGAAGGUAAACAGUUGUCGCGGGAUCCAUUGUGGAAGGCACAUAUUGAGAGCUGGAAACAGGAACUGGCCACGAACACGUUCCCAAAGGCUGCAAAACCAUACACGACAGCAAUUUUGUUGGCGCUUGAGCUGUUUGUCAUUGAGAUGGAUCAUGAAUUCUGUCUGCGGCUAAUUGCAUGGUGUAUGUUGGUUUCAACUUGGGCUGCAAUGAGGGUUGACGAUUUGCAGAAUGUCAUGCCGGAAUCUGUCAGGCUUAGCAACCGUGGCUUGACACUCAGGAUCGUUUUGGGAAAAUUGGGAACGCCACGUUUCCAAGAUGGAUACUGGCGACAGAACAAGGCAAUGGACCUGGUGCCGGGGGCCAUGCUGCUUUUCUGGUCAGGCCAUAGCCCACGUCAUUUCCUGACACAGGCGGCAGCAUCGUUAGGAGUGGACAAGACUAAGCGGGACUUCCUUGGAAGAUGGUCGAUAGGACGAACAGGAAGCAAUGCAUACUUGCAUACAUCACGUCAAGUGGUGGAAGAGGUUCAGCAUUUGGUCAGGGACUCAAUUGUGUUGGGAGCCCCAGCGUUGGAUGAGUCAGAAUUGCUGGAAGAUAUAAUGCAUUUUGCAGACAAACAUGAGCUGGUGGGGCAGAGAGUCAGGAGGCGCCACACGCAUGACUACAAGAGAGCCAAUGCUGGUGAGGUUUACGACACGUUUGAUUCUGAUGUUGAACAGGUAGACGUUCAGGAGAAACAACAGGUCAUGGAGGCCGUGCAACGAGAGGCAGGUGAGAACCCAAUUCAUUUGGGUUAUUUCAUCACGACGUCGAGGAGGGAAUACUUGCGAAGCAACGUCACUUCUGAUCUGCAGUAUGUUUGGGAUGAUGCCGAAAUCCCGCUAGCGCUUCAGUAUGAGAUGGCCCAGCACUACAAGUCGCUGAGGGUCUUUACAGCCAUAGGAGAAAGCUCCGCAGAUGUGCGGACUGCAGUCCAAGCCGACUUCAACUUGGACCCAGCAAGAGACCCAGCGCUGCGGGCACAAGUAGCGCAGGUGGUUGCAGCUUGGAAUGCAGGAAAAGAGCUAUACACCAAAGAGAAAGAGAUCCAAGCCGAGAGCAAGGUUCUUGGGGUCCCCCGUCACCUUCAACACAGUGAGAGAUUGGCAAUGCUUAAGGCAGUCGAAAAGGUCUUAGGCCACCUCUCCGACCACGAGACACCCAGUGCGGAAUACCUUGCUUUGAAGGUUGAAGAAUGCGAAAAUGGAGAAUGUACAGCAGCAAGCCUGGAUGAAGUGUCUUCCAAGGCUGACCGUAACACAUCAGCUCUGCAGACAUCACUGGACAGCACGGGCCAUGUGAGGAUCACCAAAACAAAAUCCAAAGGCCGGCUUCCAGAAAGCACAGAAGAAUACCGGAGGUUGAUGAAAUUGGAGGCCACAACAUGGCUGUGUAUGUCUUCGAAAUUCAAGUCAAAGCACUUCUUGGCAGGUUUGAAGAUGGAGGACUUCAAUCGCUUUGUGGAGUUCGUGCUUGGAGAAAAGGUACAUGGUAUCAGAGUGCCUAUUGAUGGACAGCAGCAGCCACUGCGUCCACCCUUUGCCCUGGUGCUGCAAUUUGAGCACCGUUUGCGGCGAGAAGCCUUCAAACUGGUCAACAAAGGGGAGAAGACAUUGGCAGAGGCCUUGGAGGCCGUUACAAAGGAUGCUGAGCUCAAGGAGUCAUACUUUACCACCCCUUUGGCUCUGACCAACCACGACCCAAAUCGACAUGGUGGUCAGCGCUCCUUCAACAACACCUACGACAGCAAGAAGGGCAAGUCGAAGGGGUUUGGCAAAGCAGACGUCAAGCACUACCUCCAGGAGUUUGGCUUGGAGCACGAAUUUUCUUUGCAUGUUACGGAGGUCGAUGUGGAACACCUACCACAUGCCACGUGGCCAGUUUUCGACAAAGAACGACAAUACUUGGGCCCCUUGCCUACGUUUUGUGGACACUCCACACAUGCCAAGCGCCUUUUGGGCCAACUACCCAGCGGGAAGUGGGCCACCGAGGGUUCUGCUGCCUACCCUCCGGCGCUUUGCAAAUACCUGGCCGAGCUCAUCGCCAGCCGGGUGGGGAGCGCAAGGACCUCUUCACUCGGCCUACAUGCUGGGCCCAUUACAGAGGCUGAGCCGACAACUACAACCACUACAGUUGCAGCUGGAUCAGCAUCUACAGUCACCACAGAUAGUCUGGACCAACCGGACGACUCAGACACCAACACUCGAGAAGGGCCAGAAGAGGCUCGCAAUAGAGGAAAGCCUUUAGUAGUGGAAUGGGGCGGACGAUCCAAACCAUUCGUUGAUGGGUUUGGUCUUUGCUCUGCAAAUCGCUGGCGCCCAGAGGAUAGAGGGGCAUACCUUAGCAUGGAGGCACAACAGAUGGGACGAAAGUUGAAAGAGCUCCUGCAGGAGUUUGUGGUGUCGCAGAUCGGCGACCUAAGGAAGGAAGCUUUUCACUUGGCUUUGGGGAGGCUCCAGGGUUCACCGUUUUCAGAAAGUGCGUUGCAGAAACUUAGGGAGAGAUGGGCCCAACUUUUGCCAUCCCCCUCCAGCGCCAUGGAGCUCACGGAGGGCCAACCUUUCUUCCUGCACCUUUUGGCACAAACGCUAGAAGUUAUGGAGGACCCUGACUACCAGGUGCUGGUACAAGACAGAGAGUCGUUUGCAACGGGCGUGCCAGUUGGACUAGAUGAACCGCUGCCUAGGGUUCCUGCUGUGUUUCCACCAAAGGAGAAACACCGCAAGCUGGACGAUUCGGACUAUAUCCCCUUUUCAGAAAACUAUAAGUCGGCGGAGCUGGUAGCAGAGGAGUUGGAGAACAAAUUUAGAGAAGAAGAAAGGCUGGGGAGGAUGUACCCGACCACGCUGGCGGCCUUGAAAGCAAAACACCCUGACCGGGAAGUGCUGGUGGCUUCCAUGGGGGCCAUACAGAAACCCAACGGUGACAUCCGUCCCAUACACGAUGCCACCCACCAUGUUCAGCUCAACAACAGGAUAGUUUUCAGAGACCAAUUACAAUACCCUGUGCCGGAAGACGCGGCUGGUGUCAUACGGGAGGUGACCGAGACCAGGGAGGCCAGGUUUUCCAUUUCAGCUGAUAUCAAGUCGGCGCAUAGACUGGUGAAAUUGCGGAGCAGGGAUCACCCUCUCAUUUGCUGCAAGGCUUCUUCGACAUCCGACACCAUCUGGGUCAACAAGGUGGGAACCUUUGGCGUUUCAAGCGCCUCCUAUUGGUGGACGCGGCUCAUGGGAACAGUUGGAAGGCUGGUGGGCAAUGCUAUGGGGACUGAAUGCAACUACCAGCUCAUCUACGUAGAUGAUUUGCAUGUUGUGGUUUUCGGGGAACGCAAGUUCCUGACCUUGUGGAUGAUGCUGGCAGCCUAUGAGGCUUUGGGCACCCCUUUCCAGUAUGCGAAGUUCGCUGGGGGGAUAGAAGUAACGUUUGUGGGUUUUCAGCUGGACUAUGGACGUUGCAAGAUGGGAGUGACGGCCAAGCGAGGCCUUUGGUUGCUGAAUUUCAUAAAGGAGAUGGAAGAAGCACGCUACACAGUGCACAUGCGCCGCUUUGGGGAAUUCCUUGGGAGACUCGCUUUCCUUGCCCGAGUCCUGGUCUGGCUGAAGGCGCACCUGGCACCCUUGUAUAGCUGGGCAGCCGCUCUGGCCAAAGGAACGGUCGCCACGGCACCGCGCAUGGUGGUCCUGGUUCUCAAAUUCAUUUCCAGGCAACUUGCAGACUGCAGCUUUAUGUAUUCAUGCCAUAGGCCCAUCCGUUUGCUGGAAGAACAGUUUAGGACAGAUGCGAAGUGUGCUCAAGGGGUUGUCGUUUUGGGCGGGCACCACCUGGCUACGGGCCGCUGGUUUUCACUUCGUUUGGAGCCCGAACAGGCGCCUUACCUGUUCAAGCCUGAUGGAGAGAGCAGCUGGGCUUCAGCGCCAGCGGAGUUGCUGGCCACCACCGUGGCACUUGUUUUGUUCAACUAUGGAGAAGGGAGAGAAAGAAUGACCGUUCCAGUUUACUUGGCAGCAGGCACGGACAACCAGUCGAAUGAGGCCCUUCUCCAGAAGGGAAGUUCUACUAAGUUUCCACUGGCUUUGAUCAACAUGCAGUUGACGCACAUGCUCAUGCGUUGGGGGAUGCGGCUGGAGCUGCGAUGGCGUCCCCGGGCCGAAAACGAUCUAGCCGACAAGCUUACCAAUGAGGACUUCAGCCAGGUGGAAACGAAACUGCGUUUGGAGUGCAAGUGGGAAGAUUUCGAUUUUAGCCUGCUGCGCGAGCUUUGGGAAGCGAGACAUGAGUUCAUGGACAAGGACUCGUUGAGGAAGUUUGCAAAACAUGUUGGAAGUGCGAAGUUUGAGAAAACUCAGUGGUGA